GUUAGGAAUGUCACUUUCGGUUGUGGGUUGAACAAGGAUAUUGUCAAAAUGAUGAUGAAGAUUAUUUUUGCUGUGACCUUAUGGAAUAUUCUGUCUGUGUUUGGCCAAUUAGAUCCAGACCAGAUGCCAUCAGAAUGGACCCCUGAACAAUUUCCCAACCCACAGAGAAAUUCUCAAGCUUGUGGAUUAAGGAAUGAACGAGGCUAUGUUUGUGAUCCAAAUCGAAUUCUAUCUGAAGAAGAGAUUGAUGCAUUAAAUUGGUUAUUAUUGGGAUUAGUUCAAAAUGAUACUCAUUGUCCCUGUAGUGUGUGGGCAUGUGAACAGAAGAAACAAGGCUAUUCUGUUGGUAUUGCCAUAGUAAAGAAGUUGAAACUUCCUACCAGAACAAUGCGACCUUUAGAUCAAGCUCGAGCCUUUGCACAUUAUUUAGAAACAUCUCAGUGGCAUUUUGGAAGAUGUGAAGAAGGAAUUGUAGUGUUGUACUCUCAACAAGAUGGAGCUCUUCAAUUUAUGGCUGGUCAGACAGCUAGUCAGAUAGUAACCAAUGAUGUAGCUAGAGCUAUUGGUGAUCAGGUAGCUUAUAACUUCCGUAAUGGUGAACCACAUCAUGGUUUAUAUGAACUGGUUCUUUUACUCAGGUCUGUAUUGAAUGGAAAUAAAAUGUAUGCAUUAGCCCCCAGUGCUGAGGCUUUACAUGGUGGAGCUGAAUCUCUAACUGUUGUUAUCUCAACUUUAUUAUUGACUCUCACCUCUUUCUUUAUUUUAUCUUGAUCUAACUGAUAUAUUUAUUAAUUCCUGUUACUGUACCAACUUUCACAAGUAAGCACCUGUUUGCUCUGCAGGAAAUUUCAGUGAUAAGAUACUGUUAUACAAAAAAUUGGUUGUGAUUAAGUUAAAAUAGAAAAAACUAUGGAUGAUUUUGGUGCUUAUCGAAAUAUUUGAUAUGAAAACUAUUUUGAUAUUGAAUUUUUUUUUUCUUCUGAUACUCCUCGGGGAUAUUUUAACAAACUUUGAAAUAAGCAGAGACUCAUUCUAUGUACAUUAAUAGUUUGUUGUCAUAUUUUUCAAGACACCCUAUGCAAUUUUAUGAACAAAUGAUGAUUCAUUUAACUUUUUUGAAUAUGCUGUAUUUCUCUAUCAUUGAAAUUAUAGCCUUGUGCUUCAAGGAAAUAAAGUAUAGCUUGAUAGAGAAAAUUCAUAACACUUUUCUUUUACAAUCUCAGAAUAUGAGAUAUGAGAAUGAGAAUAUUGGUAUCUUUAAAAUUUAUUUGUUUAAAACAAUGAAACCGAUGGUGCUGUAAUCAGUGUAAAAUUGCCAUUUAGCAUAAUAAUCUGGUGUAAUAUAUUUGUCUGUCUUGCCUAGGAUUGAAUUUAGUUUUAAGUUAUAGUUUCAUACUCUUUACUUGUUAUUUUGGUUAUAUUUAUGUAAUAUAAUUAUAUGUUUUAUUGUGCCAUUUUUCACAUCAACAAAGAAAGUUAUUUUGUAAUAAUUUGGGCUGUUCAAAAUUUAAUGUCAACAUGUUUGCAGAAAUCUUUUCAGCUUGAACAUUUUUUAAAGAUUUUGAUAUUAGAUCAGAAUUGCUGAUUUGUGUUUUAGAAACCUUAAAUAGCUUGCGACAAUGCUGCCUGGUGAUUUUUCGAAGAAUAAUACACCGAAAUCCAUCCACUUUUUGUGUUUAUAAGAAUAUUCAGCAUCGAUUUUUUUCCAAUUUCUUGCAUUUAUUUUAAGAUCAUUUUCUUGGAAUUUAUUUGUUAGUUUGUAUGUUAUUUAUAGUGUUUUAAUAGUUUGAUGAUGAAAUAUCGUGUUCUUUUAGCUUUUAUCUUACACCAAUAUAUUGUAUUUAUAUACUACUGUAGAAAAACAAUAGUUUUCUAAUUUUAUAAACUAGUUUAUCAUUAAAAUAAAUACUCAAUACAACU